AUGGGCCCCUGUACCGCCUCCUCAUGCUGCUGCCAGGCCCGUAAUCUGCCAUGGGCCCCCGUACCGACUCCUCAUGCUGCUGCCAGGCCCGUAAUCUGUCAUGGGCCCCUGUACCGCCUCCUCAUGCUGCUGCCAGGUCCAGAGUGUGUCAUGGGUCCCUGUACGGCCUCCCAUUGCUGCUGUCUCCAUCGCCACACUCUGCCAUGUGCCACUUUCAGGUCUCCUCACACUGCUGGUGGUUUCCAUUUUUGUCAUAGGGUGCUGUAUGGCCUCCCAUUGCUGCUGCCUCCACUGCCACACUGUGGCUCCACACUCUGGUUUUGGCCCCGUGACUGCCCAAAUGAGUGAAGUGUGCGGUGAUUCUAAGAUCGACGGCACUCAUCUGCAUGUCAUACUGACUGACAGUAUUAUUUCUCUUCCCCAGCAGACUCCAAGGGCAUUUAAAAUUAAAGGUACAGUGUUCUGCACUAUUAUA